AUGAAGUUCACAAACCUUCUAUCCCUUCUCACUUUAGUCUCAGCUAGUAGCAUCAAGUCCCGAGCAGACUACACCCCAGUGACCGCUACAUCAGAAGAAUGCUGCCCUUUCACCUACAAGCAAACAUGCACCAAGAACCUCGAACGAAUGUAUCACAUUCAACUCUUCUACAACCGAAAGAUGGGUCUUUCAUCUGAAGAUUUCAACGCAUACUGGGCCAACAACCAUACCAAGACCGCCGGAGACUUUCAUCUUCGUAUGGGUGUCUACAAGUACUCACAGUAUCACUCAACUCCUGAGCUCCGAGACAUGGUUCGUGUCCCAGGCGCAGCACCUGUCCUUGAAUUUGACGGCGCUGCUGAGUUUUGGGUUCAAAACAUGGAGACUUUCGCGGCCAUGGGAGCUGAUCCAUUUUAUCGGGAUGUUAUUCAAGCCGAUGAGCGAAACUUUAUUGAUUUGGAGAGUAUGAGGUUGAUUGUUGGUGUUGAUUAUAUUGUUGUGGAGAAUCAGAACGCCGUUACAGAGCAUGGGCGAUCGUUCUAG